AUGACGGUAUACGCGAAGGCCUCGUCUCUUCCCUCCCUCUCGCCAUUUCCUCCGUUCCACUGUAACCGCGCUCGAGCAAACACCACUCCAGCCAUGUUCGGCGGCGGAGCGGCGUGCGGCCUCCGAAACUGCUGCCUGCGCCCUCUGCGCUCGCCGAUCGAGCCCCUCCUUCGCCGGAGUACUCGGUCGCGCUGCCUCCCCGCCGGCGGCCCUCCUCCGCCGCGGGGCGGCGGCCUGCUUCGCCUCGAGUGCGGGGCGAAGCAGAAGGUCAUUGUGAUAUCCGGGCCCACCGGAGCUGGCAAGAGCAGGCUGGCGCUGGAGCUCGCCAAGCGGCUCAACGGCGAAAUCAUCAGCGCCGAUUCCGUGCAGGUCUAUCGAGGUCUGGAUGUUGGAUCCGCAAAGCCUUCCCUAAGGGACAGAAAGGAGGUGCAGCAUCAUCUAGUUGACAUUUUACAUCCGUCUGAAGAUUAUUCUGUUGGCCAAUUUUUCGAGGAUGCCAGGCAAGCUACUAAAGAUAUUAUUGACGGUGGUCGUGUUCCUAUAGUUAGUGGAGGGACUGGUCUGUAUUUACGGUGGUAUAUGUAUGGGAAACCAGAUGUUCCAAAAGCUUCUCCAGAAAUAUCAUCUGAAGUUUACUCAGAGCUUGCAGACUUGCAGAAAAAUGGUGAUUGGAAUGCAGCUGUGCAGUUGGUGGUCAAAGCUGGCGAUCCAAAAGCCCAGCACUUGGCUGCAAAUGAUUGGUACCGCCUGAGGCGUAGUCUUGAGAUAAUUAAGGUAAUGACGGAAUUUUGGCGGAAGCUCGAUGGCUUCUCGAUGAGGGUCUUCUCCCAAAUUCCAACUCUGCAACUCGGAGCUAUUGGUUACAGAGACAAAAAUUUUUGCAAAAAGGCAGAUGACGGGGUUCGGAAUGAGCAUAUUUAUCACUGGCUUGAUGCUUCUAAACACUGGAAAAGGUUCUCGAUUGCAUUUGUCAUGCAUACCAUGACCAAACUGGAGAACUCAAUGUACCCGAGGCACUAA